AUGGCUGAGAUCGUUGGUACAGUUGCAUCUGUCGCUCAGCUUGUCCAACUGAGUGGUGCCCUACUCGCUGGCGGCUACGACUUCCUAUCGAAGGUCGCGCGAGCGCCCAGCGAGAUCCGGAGUCUCCUGACGGAAACUGCGGCCGUCAAUAGCCUUCUCGCGCAAUUACAGCAAAUCGCAGAUACAUCGCCCAAGGCAGCUGCAGACGAUGCGCUACAGGCUCUUGAACGGGUUGGUGUCUUUCAAGAAUGUCAGUCCACGCUCAAGUCGAUCGAGCGGGCGCUGGCAAAAUGCGAGCAGGUCAAUGGUCAAGAUGCGAAGAAUUUCGGCAGGAAAUUGAUGUGGCCGUUCAAAGAGAAAGAAACUAAAGACGCCCUGCAGAGGCUUCAUCGCACGCGCGGAUUACUUGCGAAUGCUAUCGAGGCCAACUCUGCAUCCGCGAUACGGCGCAUCGAACUAGGACAAGGCCUCAUAUCAAAUGAGAUGGAGAAUAUGUCUGAGCAGCUCCGUGCGCAGAUGAAUCGUGAGGAAGUACAGAUGGUAACAACAUGGGUCUGUCCAACGCCAUCCGAUGGUGCGCAUGCCAGUCUUGCAAGCGCUUUAAGUCGCCAUAUUCCUGGGACCGGAGAAUGGCUCUUGCAAUCCAAAGACUUUCAAGAUUGGAAAGACUCAGAUGACGGCACCAUGUGGAUGACUGGUCUUCCUGGAGCAGGUAAAACGCUUCUCUGCGCUUCUAUAAUUCGGCAUGUCCAACAGCUGUGCACGGAUACCACUACAAUUGUGUACUUCUUCUGCGAUCAUCGUGAUCGCGCGAAAACGACGUACGAAAACUUCGCUUCGAGUGUUGCGAGGCAAAUGAUGGAAGCUUCACCUUUAUGUCUCGAAGAAGGCAGAUCACUGUACAACGAGAAGUCUAGGGAAGGUAGUCGCCCCUUCCAAAGCGACGAUUACUUGUCACUGAUCUGCUCAUUUUUGGGACAUCUAAAGGAUGUUUUCAUCCUCCUGGACGCGCUCGAUGAGUCUACUGAGGGUGAUAGCAUAGCCCGAAGUCUUGCGAGAAUGCACGAGUCCCGAAAGGGCGCAGGGUUCAAUAUCAGGAUUCUUUUGACGAGCCGAUUCGAUGCUCUGAUUCAGGGACGAUAUCCCAACCUUGCCACGACACAUGUCAUUCUUGCAGAGAACAUGCGUCCCGACAUCCAACAUUACGUUGCGGAAGAACUCCAAGCGCGCGUCGCAAAAGGUGUGCUCAAAGUCAAGAACAAAGACAUCUUGUCCUCAAUGCGACAACAGAUCGUCCUCUGUGCGGGCACGUAA